UUAUAAAUCGUGAAUACUAUUGGUUAAAUAACUAUAAACAAUUUGUGGCAAUCACAAAAUACUGGAACGCCUACACUCUGUGUAGUAAACUUUAAAAUAUACUAAAAAUUGCUUGAAAUAAGGUAUAAUUAUGUGAUAUAAGAUGUCCUUAAACAAAGAGAGCAGUCCCCAUCAGUUAUCUUUCUGAUAAACCCAAUACAAAAUAAUCACAAAACUGCGUAAAGAGAAACAUCAAUAAUAUGGAUGACUAUCUUACUUGCCCAUAUGACAAAACACAUCGUAUUAGAAAGUCCAGAUUCCAACUUCAUUUAAUGAAAUGUGCCAGAAAUUAUCCUAAAAAUGCCAAAAGUAUUUGUAUCUUUGAUUCAUCACAUAGGGUUAAUCCAGAACAAUUUGAGGAUCAUGUGGCAGAAUGUCCAUCAAGUGGGCACAUAAGAAGUCAAUAUAUCUCAUUUGACUCAGAGGAAAACGUUAGAACAGUUUUAACAGAAGAAGAUACAUAUAAGUCUGAAAGCAUUAUACAGACUGAAGAAGAGUGCACCAGUAGUGGUGAAACAUUUAGAUAUGAUCCAAUGGCUGCAACAGAAGACAGAGAUAUACUGAGAAUUCCAAUUGGAUUGACGAAAUCGCAGAAGAAACAAUUCAGACAAUAUGAAAGAGCUAGACUGGAAGCUCUUAGAAAGAACAAGGAAACCAAUGAUGCAUUGCAAGAAAAUAUUGCAAGAAAGAAAAUAGACCCUGAAGAGCCAUUGCAAGCACCUAAACAACCUUCUAAAGCAAUAUUAUGUGACAAAGAGUUUAAUGGCCUGGUAUCUAAGUUAGAUAAAAUCAAUAUGAAGGACAACAGUAAUUCAUCAAAACAAGAAAAUAUUCUCGUUAUAAACAAUAGUUAUAAAGUAGCAGAGUUUGAAGGAAAUUCUUUGAGAAAUAAUACUUUUGACACAAAUAAUAUUUCGAAAAAUAGUUUUAAUAAAAAUGACGAAAAGAAUAUUUCCAAUGAAGAAGACAAUGCUGCUAUGUUAACUAAAGACAUUUUUGAAGUCAAACAAAACAUUUUAGAUACAAAGAAUGAUUUUAAAAUGAAUGCGUAUGUUUCUCAAGGAAGUACUUCUAAAGCACAAAACAAUAAUAUUCAAGAAAAUAAUUUUCAACCAAAUUUAAAUAAGGGAAAUAGUUCUAAAUCUCAGAAUGUUAUUGGGUCAAAUCCAAAAAUGGCAACAAAAUUCUAUGGAGAAGCAAAAGGAUUAAAUCUAAGAAUGACACCAAAAUUUUAUGGGGAAGCAAAAAAAAUUACUACUGGAAGAGGAUUCACUAGAGUUUAUCAAUAUUUGAAUUCCAGUAUGAAGGAAGAAGAAUUGGAGAAACCUAAAAAUACAAAAAAUCUAAGUUCUCUCUAUGGUUAUGAACAGGAGUAGAAAAUAAACAUUGUGAUUUCUUUCUUUAUAACGUAUACAUAUUAUUUAUUAUAUAUAUACGUUUCUUUUUAUAAUAUAUACAAGUUUCAGUUUAUUUCAGUUUCAGUUUAUUCAUAGAAUUUUGUAAUGUAAUUUUUGUUUCUUUUUAAAUAUCGAAAUAUAUGACUAUAUAUUUAAUCAUCUAACAUGAUUAAUAUAUGUGAGAAUUAUCAUAUUAAAU